AUGUCCAAAUCAUUUUCCUUAGAAUCAAUUGUCCGUCCAAAUAUUCUUUCUCUUAUUCCGUAUAGAUGCGCAAGGGAUGACUAUGGCACUGGAAUUCUCCUUGAUGCCAAUGAAAACUCUUUUGGCUCUGUUCUUCAAGACAAUGAAUCUUUACUAAUUGAAGAUCUUCAUAGAUAUCCCGAUCCAAACCAAGUAUUAAUAAAAGAGAGACUUGUCUCUUUUCGUGGUUUAUUUGAACA